AUGGUUUCUGAAAUAACUGAUUAUAGAAUUUCUAGGGUUGUCAUACUUUGUAAAGAUUGUGGCCAAGAUGUUGGUUUUUACCCUGCUCGUCAUAAAUGUGGUCAAACACAUUUAGAUGCACCGCCUUUACCCUCUAUUCCUAAAAAAUAUACAUCGGGGAAAGAAUCUGAAAAAGAUGGUCAUGAAAGCGAAACUCAUAUUUCACGUAUUUUGAGAGAAUAUUAUGAGAAAAAGUCUGGUGACCUUCCUAAUUGGUUAUAUGAUUCAACAUCAACCAACGAUAAUGAUAUUGGCAAAACAAUCUUUAUAAUUAUGCAGCAUCUAAAAGUUCACCAAAUUUAUUACAAAAAUCACUAA